UACACUUCCUUAAUUCUGCUUACAGGAUUUAUUUGAGCAUAGUAGUUGUUAGUUAAUCUCUCCAAACUACUAGUUGGAGCAGCUACUUUCAGGCCUUCGGGGGAACGACAACAAGAAGUCAGCAACUAACAAUGGUCCAAAGUGAUGAACCAGCAGUAAUGAAUACAAACUUUUCUCCACAAAAUCCUGACAUCUCAGACCAAGAACUUCCAUUAACCAAAGUCACCAGUGGUAGGACACAUAAGAAGCUGACUCUCCUACCCCUUGUAUUCCUGAUAUACUUUGAGGUUGCUGGUGGACCUUACGGCGAAGAGCCUGCAGUGCAAGCAGUUGGACCUCUAUUAGCUCUAUUAGGCUUCCUAAUCUUCCCAUUCAUCUGGAGUGUCCCUGAGGCCUUGAUCACAGCCGAGCUCUCAACCGCCUACCCUGGCGAUGGCGGGUUUGUUAUAUGGGCUGAGAGGGCCUUUGGACCAUUUUGGGGAUCCAUGAUGGGUACUUGGAAGUUCUUGAGUGGAGUGAUCAACAUUGCUUCAUUUCCUAUUCUUAGCAUUGAAUACUUGAAGAAGGUAUUUCCUGUGUUUGGCUCUGGAUGGGCUAGGUAUUUAACCAUAGAGCUUUUCAUAUUGCUGCUAUCAAUCUUAAAUUAUACAGGACUUACUAUCGUGGGUUAUACUGCUAUUGCUCUUGGAGUAGUCUCAUUGUUGCCAUUUCUAGUAAUGUCAUUGGUUGCUGUACCUCAGAUUCAUCCUCAUAGGUGGAUUAGUUUAGGCCAAAAGGGGGUCAAAAAAGAUUGGAAUUUAUACAUUAACACUCUAUUUUGGAACUUGAAGUAUUGGGAUUUUGUUAGUACUAUUGCAGGUGAGGUUGAUAGGCCUCAAAAAACAUUCCCACUCGCGCUACUUCUAGGUGUCAUAUUCAUUUGCUUGUCCUACUUGAUUCCCCUAUUUGCUGUCACUGGUGCAGUUUCAGUGGAUCAACGCCUGUGGGAGACAGGGUUUAUGGCGGAUGCAGCCCAAAUGAUUGUUGGGAAAUGGUUGAAACUUUGUGUUGAGAUUGGAGCUGUUUUGUCUACCAUUGGAUUGUUCGAAGCUCAGAUGAGUGGAUGUUCUUUCCAAGUUCUAGGAAUGGUAAAUAUUGGGUUUUUGCCGAGGUUUUGUGCAGCUAGGUCCAAGUGGUUUAACACCCCAUGGGUGGGAAUAUUAGCAGCAACUAUAAUCAUUUUAGGAGUUUCAUUUAUGGAUUUAACAGACUUAAUUUCAACAGCUAAUUUCUUGUAUAGUUUAGGGAUGCUCUUAGAGUUCGCGUCAUUUCUAUGGUUAAGGAGAAAGAGGCCACAAUUGAAGAGGCCUUUUAAAGUGCCAAUGGAGUUGCCUGGAUUGGUGGUAAUGUGCUUGGUUCCAUGUGCAUUACUGGUGUGGAUGAUGGUAGGUGCUACUAAGAGGGUGUUUAUGCUGAGUGGUGUUAUCACUGCAUGUGGCAUUAUUUGGUUCUUUUUCAUGAAGUUGUGCAAGUCUAGGAAAUGGUGUGUUUUCAACAACAUUCAGAUUCAGGAAUGAAAGAACUCAACAUAGUUGCAAGUAUGUAAAACUACUGUUAUGAAAGAAGACAUUUUGCAAAAAGAGAGAAGCCUGAAAGAAAGCGUUGUUGGAACAUUUUGGGGAUUUCAGAAGAAGUUAACGUAGUUGUAAUUUGUUAAUCUGUCAUUCAACUUUGAUGUAAAUUGAGUAAUGUGAUGAUGAUGUUGAGCAAAUUGUUAACCUCUCCUCCUAA